AUGAGCGACGCCGCCAUCAAGGAGCAGACCGAGGCUGUCACUGCGGCCGCUGAAGUGCAGCCUGUGGAGGAGACGGCCACCGCCGUCGAAAAAGCCGACGAUGGUGUGCAAGACGCGAAGAAUGGCGAGGACAAGAAGGCCGAAGGCAUUCUGAAGACGACCGCCAGAAUCAACCACAAGGAUUUUAAGCAGAAUCGGAAGUACGACCCGACCACCCAGCCCGUGUCGGAUGAUCCCGUCAAGAUCCGCGCCCAGGUUGAAUUCUACUUCAGCGAUAGCAACCUGCCGACCGACAAGUUCAUGUGGGAGAGCACCGGCGGCGAGGAGAACAAGCCCAUGCCGCUCAAGACCAUCGCCAGCUUCAAGCGCAUGCGCCAGUUCCAGCCCUACAGCGCCGUCGUUGCCGCCUUGCGCGAAAGCACCUUCCUCGAUAUCGAAGGCGAGGAGGGCGAGGAGACGCUCAAGCGCAAGACGCCCUACGUGUCAUCCAACGACGCCCAGCGGGCCCGCGUGGCCGCGUCUGUCUAUGCGAAGGGCUUCGGGGACGAGGAGGCGUCUACCCAGCAGAUCAAGGCGGGCGAGAUCGAGCCCAACACCAACCGGCGCAACGCUUUCUUCGAAGGCAAGGACCGUGGGUCCGAUCGCCGCGGGCGCGGGGGCCGGGGUGGCUGGGGUCGUGACGACCGCAACGGCCGCGAGGGCAAGUCAGAGGGAGGUGAGAACGGCCACAGGAACGGCUUCAAGGGCGGGCGGGGCCGUGGCAGGGGAGGGAGGGGCGGGCGUGGUUUUCGCGGUGGCCGUGGUGGCGGCCGUGGCCGGGACAACAACAACCGGGACCGUGACGAGAAGAAGAGCGAGGAGACCCGGCAGAACACCAACGAUGUCCAGAUGCCUACCAUUCAAUCCACCGCCACCAAGAACGGCGACACCAACGGCAAGCGGGCCCGCGAGGAUGACAGCGGCGAGGCGCCCCCGGCGAAGAAGGUCGAUAGCAAGCCGGAAGCUGUUGCGGCGCAAUAG